AUGUGUUAUAAAAAAUCACGGUCGCCAUUUUUAAAACAAUGUUUUGUAACAGCCGCUAUAUGUUUCAACAUUAUGGGGCAAGGUGCGGCCUUCGGCUACCCCGCUGUUUUGCUCCCCGCGCUAAAAUCAGAUGAAUCUCCGAUACCGUUGAGUAAGCUGGAAGAAUCUUGGGUUGCUGGCAUGUUACCAUUGGCCAUGAUCCUAGGGUUCCUUUUGACUCCACCCCUUAUGGACAAACUGGGGCGGAGAGCUACACACAUCAUACUGACGGUUCCCGCGCUGGCUGGCUGGUUCCUAGUCGUCUUGGCGUCGAAUGUUACCGUAAUAAUUAUAGCGAGGACUUUACAAGGCGUUUCAGUGGGUAUUCUUACCAGCCUCCGAUCCGCUCUCAUUGGAGAAUACACGAGUCCUAAAAAUAGAGGUGCAUUCCUCACUACCGUGUCUUUGUCACAAGCCUUUGGAAUUUUCUUUGUCCACCUUGUUGGGUCGGUAUUGAGCUGGCAGCAAACAGCUCUGGUAUGCGUAUUUCUUCCAUAUAUAAGCCUAUUAAUGAUUAUGUAUACCCCUGAAUCACCCAGCUGGCUGAUAACUCAAGGUCGAUUUGAUGAAUGCCGUAAAGUCUUCCACUGGCUUAGAGGAGAGGAAGAAGACGAUGAACUAGAAGCUAUGAUCCAAGCCAGAAUUGCGUUUGAGAAAUUUAAAACAGGGACUACACAAAACAAAAACAGAUUCACGGCUCUAUUUGAAACGAUACGAAAAAAGGAAUUCUAUAAACCCACAAUUCUAAUGUUCCACGCUAAUGUCAUACAACAAUUCUCUGGCGGGCCAACGAUGGCGGCGUUUUCCACUGUUAUAAUUAGCAAUUUGAUGGGCCCGAAAGCGGAUAUAGCUUUUUGGAUGGUAUUUUUAGAUACCCAAAGAAUAACUUGCAAUUUAAUUGCCGUGUAUAUUAUAAACAACGUUAAAAGACGGACAAUGAUGUUCAGCACAGUUGGUUUGUGCAUUGUGAGUCACGUCGCUAUAUCUAUGUAUGUUCUAUGCAGACUAAACGGCUGGAGCUAUGAUGCAAUUUGGUUACCAGCCCUCUUGAUUAACUUACAAUACCUAAGUGUAGCGAUCGGUACAGUUCCCCUACCAAAUAUUAUAGCCGGGGAAGUAUUUCCUUUGGAACAUAGGAGUGUGUGCGGUACGAUAAGUUUGACAUCUGGUGGGGUCUUUACAUUCCUUGUGCUCAAAACGUUCCCAGAAUUAAUGGACAGAGUAGGUUUACAGGGCACAUAUCUCUUGUACGCUGUUAUCAUGAGUCUUAACCUUAUAGUCGUGUGGGUGCUGUUGCCAGAGACAAAGGGGAAAACGCUGCAGGAAAUUGAAGACGAAUUGCGUGGAAAACCUCUGAAAUAUGACGAGAUUGAAGCGAGACUGUCAAUCCAAACCGAUCCAGUGGAAACAUAUAAACGAAGAGUGUCAGAAGGACGUUGUAGCAGUACUCCCACAAUAUAA